GUUGCCGGGUUUGAGCCCCGCCGCUCGCCGUAGCCAGGCCACCGCCUCCGGCGCAUGCGGGGUAGCGCGGCCGCAGAGGUGCCCGGCCGGCGGGGCGGAAGGACGUUGGUGGGGCCGUGCUGAGGAAAUACAAUCACCAUGUCGUCUGCACUGUUGCCUAAGCCACAAAUGCGGCGCCUUUUGGCCAGGCGGAUGAAGUUUCACCUAUUUGGGGCAUUUUUUGUAUCUGUGGGAUGUGCGGCUUUGUACAAGUUUGGAGUUGCUGAACCCAGAAAACGAGCUUAUGCAGAGUUCUAUAAAAACUAUGAUCCUAUGAAGGACUUUGAAGCCAUGAGAGCAGCUGGUGUGUUUGAGUCUGCACCACCCAAAUGAUCAUAACCUGCAUUUACAGAUCCCCUUCAGUCUAAGGAGACUUGAUGACCGAACCUUAUUUGUUCACUGAACUGUAAAGUGCAGUGCACUUCAAUGCAUGGCACGUUCUAAUGUAACUCAAUAAAUAAAAUACAUAUGUCAGUGGC